CGUAUACACACAGUGCUGGGAGAGCUCACACGUGGGUUCAGGAGUUAGACUAAUGUGGUUUAUGUCGGUUUAAUUAGAAGAUAUGCCGAAGAGAACGAAGGCACCAGAAGAAACCCCCGCUAAAGAAGCGGAACCAGCCGAGCAGCAGGACGACGAGCCGCCAGCGGAGACCAGACGGACCCGCAGCGGCCGCAGAGUGAGACCUCCUGCCGCUCUGCUGGACUCUGAAGCCCCGGUGAGGACUCCCAGCCGGAGGACACGGAGGUCUGUUAUCCAGGAGCUGCCGAAGGAGGAAGAACAACAACACACGGAGGAACCAGAGGAAAAAACAGAAAGUCUGGUGGAGGAGAAACCCGACAUUUCCUCUGAACCGGAGCCAUGCACCGUGUCAGAGCCAGCAGAGCCGCAGACUGAGGCAGCAGCGGCGGCUACGGACAAAGUUAACGGCGGCGGAGACGGUCCUCAGUCCGGGCCUGCACCGGCAGAAACGGCACCGUCGAAUUUAGAGACCAUCCCGAAAAAGAAGCCUCACCUGGCUCCGAGUGGGAAACAGAACCCGGUCAUUCCUCUGGGAAAACCCAAGUCAGGAAGAGUGUGGAAGAACCGCAACAAGCAGAGGUUCUCGGCGCUGGUGAGAGACAAACCGUUGUGCUCCUCUUGGGAAAAGAAGAUGGCGGCCAAGCGGGAGAAGGAGCUGGUUAAACAGUAUUCUUUGCAGCUUAAAGAGGAGAAGAACAGACAGAAGGAGGAAAAGAGGAAAAGAAGAGAAGAAAACCUGAAACGUCGCGAAGAGAACGAACGCAAAGCAGAGAUUGUUCAAGUGAUCCGGAACACUGCAAAGAUCAAGAGGAUGAAGAAGAAACAGCUGCGAAAAAUCGAGAAGCGAGACACGCUGGCUCUGCUGCAGAAGACACAGAAGCAGAAUGUUAAAACCAAAGCGCAGAAAAAUGUUCAAGAUUUAACCUAGAAAGGUGUGUCAGAUAAUAAAGUGCAUGUGUGCAGUG